CACUCAAAGAAGAUAUUUACCGAAUCAUGCAUAAUAAGACACAACGAAUUUACCGAAUCACUCAUUAUAAGGCACAACGUAUUUACUGAAUCACUCAUUAUAAGACACAACGUAUUUACUGAAUCACUCAUUAUAAGACACAACGUAUUUACUGAAUCUCUCAUUAUAAGACACAACGAAUUUACCGAAUCACUCAUUAAAAGACACAACGUAUUUACUGAAUCACUCAUUAUAAGACACAACGUAUUUACUGAAUCACUCAUUAUAAGACACAACGAAUUUACCGAAUCACUCAUUAUAAGACACAACGUAUUUACCGAAUCACUCAUUAUAAGACACAACGUAUUUACUGAAUCACUCAUUAUAAGACACAACGUAUUUACUGAAUCACUCAUUAUAGGACACAACGUAUUUACUGAAUCACUCAUUAUAAGACACAACGAAUUUACCGAAUCACUCAUUAUAAGACACAAAGUAUUUACCGAAUCAUUCAUUAUAAGACCAAACGUAUUUACCGAAUAA